AUGUCUUAUCAACAAUACCCUCCGCCUAACCCCUCCAUACGGCGGAUACCCUCCUCAGCAAGGUCAUCCUCCUCAGGGAUAUCCUCAACAACCCCCCCUACCCUCAGCAGCCCUACGGUGCCCCUCCCGGUGGUCCUCCUCAGCACCAACAAGGCCACUAUCCUCCUCAGCAAGGCUACGGUCAGCCUCCCCAACAGCCUCCGCAUGGACAGGGUCACUACGGCGCUCCGUCUCCUCAACCUCCAGCAGGCUAUCACGCCCCAUCACCACAACCCCCGUAUGGACAAGGUCCCCCACAUGGUCAACAACCCUACGGCCAGCCGCAACACGGCUAUGCCCCUCCCGCCGGUCCCCCCCGGAGGCCCCGGCUAUGGCGCCCCUCCUCCAGGCGCAUACGGUGCUCCCCAUGGCGCACCUCCCGGUGCCCCAAUGGGACCGCCAGCCAUGCCAUCCCUAGGCUACGCGCCAGGCCAGACAGCCCCAGGAGAUUUCCGCCAACAAUGUGACAUCCUCCGCAAAGCAAUGAAAGGCUUCGGCACGGACGAGAAAGCCCUGAUCUCCGUCCUAGCCCCGCUAGACCCGCUCCAGAUGGCCGCCGUGCGCGCUACAUACACUACCCACAUCGGCCGCGACCUGUACAAGGACGUUAAGUCCGAAACGGGCGGCUACUUCGAGCAAGGCCUCCUGGCCGUGAUCGAAGGACCGCUCAUGCACGACGUAAUCUGCGCCCGCGAAGCCAUCGACGGCAUCGGCACAAAGGAGUGGCUGUUAAACGAUAUCGUCCUGGGCCGAUCAAACGCUGAUCUCAACGCCAUCAAGACUGCCUACGAGCGCAAGUACCGUCGCAAUCUGAGCCGCGACAUCGAGGGCGAUCUCUCAUUCAAAACGGCCGACCUGUUCAAGAUGGUUAUCCGCGCCGAUCGUCGCGAGGAGUCCGUCCCCGUUAACCCGCAAGCUGUCGAGGAUGAGGUACGCACGCUACAUGGAUCGACCGCCGGCCGCAUGGUCAAUAAUAUCGUCGAGGUCUCGGGGAUUCUGGCGCGCUCGUCGGACGCAGAGCUCAGGGCUAUUGACCAGGGAUUCCACCGGAGAUAUAAUGUUUCGCUGGAGAAACAUCUCGAGAAGGAGUUUUCGGGCCAUAUGGAGGAUGCUUUCUUGCAUAUGCUUCGUACUGCGACGGAUGCUGCUAUGCGUGAUGCUAUUCUGCUCGAGGAGUGCAUGGCGGGCAUGGGGACUAAGGAUGAGCGCCUUGUUGUUCGGGUGGUUCGGGUUCAUUGGAACAGGAAUCAUAAGGAACGUGUCAAGGCUGCCUAUCGUCAUCGCUUUGGUAAGAACUUGAUUGACCGUGUGCGUGGGGAGACAUCAGGUGAUUACCAGCGCUUGAUGGUUGCUCUUUUGGAGUAA